AUGCGUAGCAGGAAGAGGAGUCUGGACGGAAAGGCCGAGUUGCCGGGAGGCCGGAUCCAGUCUAGCCCUCCUGGGCAGAAAGAGGCACGGACGCAUCCUGUACAUCCGGCACAAGAGGGCAAUAGGGUCUCCAUCUCUUCCCUUCUGCCAGGCAUUCGCGUGGAGCUGAGGCUAGAUCACAUGCUUGUUGCCUUGGCCGGCUUCCGGUGGCAGCAGUAA